AUGGCAAGUACCCUAAUUGCACUAGUAGUAAUCACACUAUGUGUAGUAGCAUCAUUGGAUGCUGCAGAGGGAAGAUCUUUUAGAUUUCCCACGAGUACUCCUCCUCUAAAUCGUUAUAGCUUUCCUCCUCAUUUCGAUUUUGGUGUUGCUUCUUCUGCUUAUCAGUAUGAAGGUGCAGCAAAAGAAGGAGGGAGGACUCCAAGCAUAUGGGAUAAAUUUACACAUGCAUACCCAGAAAGGACAAGCAUGGACAAUGGAGAUGUUGCUGUAGACUUCUAUCAUCGUUACAAGGAAGACAUCAAACUUAUCAAGGAAAUGAAUAUGGAUAUUUUCAGAUUUUCUCUAUCCUGGUCAAGAAUAUUACCAAGUGGAAAGCUAAGUGGUGGAGUAAAUCAAGAAGGGGUACAAUUCUACAAGAACCUUAUUGAUGAACUUAUCAUGAAUGGUAUAAAACCUUUUAUAACAAUCUAUCAUUGGGAUAUCCCUCAAGCUCUUGAUGAUGAGUAUGGUAGCUUUUUAAGUCCUCGAAUCAUAGAUGAUUUUAGAAACUAUGCCAGAUUUUGUUUCCAAGAAUUUGGAGACAAGGUCCAUUUGUGGACAACGUUCAAUGAGCCAUAUGUUUAUAGUGUUGCGGGUUAUGACGCGGGCAAUAAAGCAAUCGGUCGAUGUUCAAAAUGGGUAAACAGUUUGUGUGUAGCUGGUGAUUCAGGUACAGAGCCUUAUUUAGUAUCUCACCACCUUCUUCUUGCUCACGCUGCUGCCGUUGAAGAGUUCAGAAAAUGUGACAAGAUUUCCAAAGAUGCUAAGAUAGGCAUAGUUUUGUCUCCUUAUUGGUUCGAGCCAUAUGAUAUUGAUUCUAAUGCUGAUAAAGAAGCUGUUGAGCGAGCUCUUGCUUUCAAUACUGAUUGGCAUCUCAGCCCUUUAGUUUUUGGAGACUAUCCCAAAACGAUGAAGACAAUAGCUGGAAAUAGAUUGCCUUCUUUCACCAAAGAACAAUCUAUGAUGGUGAAAAAUUCAUUUGAUUUUAUCGGAAUAAAUUAUUAUACAACACGGUUCGUCGCUCAUGAUUUUCACGUCGAUCUUUCACGUCCUCGGUUCAAAACUGACCAACACCUCCAAUACAAAUUGAAAAAUCGUACCGGCGAUUACAUCUCAUCAGAAUCGGAUAGCUCGAAACUUCUCUGGUCAUAUCCGCAAGGCUUACGAAAGAUUCUUAACUAUAUGAAAAACAAAUUCAACAAUCCAACUAUUUACAUUACUGAAAACGGUUUUGAUGACUAUGAAGAUGGAAUAGUUACACGUGAAGAGAUACUAGAAGAUACAAACAGAAUAAAUUACCACCAAAAACAUCUUCAACAACUCCAGAAAGCGAUCACUGAGGAUGGGUGUGACGUGAGAGGCUAUUUCACAUGGUCGUUGAUGGACAAUUUUGAAUGGGAACAUGGAUAUGCAACGAGAUACGGGUUGUACUAUGUUGACUAUUCAGAUGGUCUAAAAAGAAUUGCUAAGAACUCAGCCAAAUGGUUCAAACAAUAUCUUCAGAGAUCCGAGAAGCCAUUGUCGAUGGUUGUGUUUGAGAGAGUCAAGAAUUGGUGGGCUGCGUUACAGAUGAUCUAAGCUCAUUUGGAGAUUAAUUGCGUUUUUUUUUUUGAGAAGUAGCUAAUUCUUUAUUUUUAUCACAUUGAUGAAGUUUUUGGGAUGAGUCAUGAGUAUAUAUGUUAAUAGUGAUGUGUACUAUAUGCUACUUGUAGAAAAGAACACAUGUUCUUUUUGUUUAUAUAUAUAGAAACUAUA